AUGGAGCAAACAGUGCUUGUACCACCAGGACCUGACAGCUUCAACUUCUUCACCAGAGAAUCCCUUGCGGCUAUUGAAAGACGCAUUGCAGAAGAAAAGGCUAAGAAUCCCAAACCAGACAAGAAAGACGAUGAUGAACAUGGCCCAAAGCCAAAUAGUGACUUGGAAGCUGGAAAGAACCUUCCUUUUAUUUAUGGAGACGUCCCUCCAGAGAUGGUAUCAGAGCCCCUGGAGGACCUGGAUCCCUACUAUAUCAAUAAGAAAACUUUUAUAGUAUUGAAUAAAGGGAAGGCCAUCUUCCGGUUCAGUGCCACCUCUGCCCUGUACAUUUUAACUCCCUUCAAUCCUCUUAGGAAAAUAGCUAUUAAGAUUUUGGUACAUUCAUUAUUCAGCAUGCUAAUUAUGUGCACUAUUUUGACAAAUUGUGUGUUUAUGACAAUGAGUAACCCUCCCGACUGGACAAAGAAUGUAGAGUACACCUUCACAGGAAUAUAUACUUUUGAAUCACUUAUAAAAAUUAUUGCAAGGGGUUUCUGUUUAGAAGAUUUUACUUUCCUUCGAGACCCAUGGAACUGGCUCGACUUCACUGUCAUUACAUUUGCAUAUGUGACAGAGUUUGUGGACCUGGGCAAUGUCUCCGCAUUGAGAACAUUCAGAGUUCUCCGAGCGCUGAAAACAAUUUCAGUCAUUCCAGGUCUGAAAACCAUUGUGGGGGCCCUGAUCCAGUCUGUGAAAAAGCUUUCAGAUGUCAUGAUCCUAACUGUGUUCUGUCUGAGUGUGUUUGCCCUGAUUGGGCUGCAGCUCUUUAUGGGCAACCUGCGGAAUAAAUGUGUACAAUGGCCUCCCACCAAUGCUUCCCUGGAGGAACACACCGUAGAGAAGAACAUAACUAGGAAUUACAAUGGUACACUUAUAAACGAAACUCAAAAUGAGUUUGACUGGAAGUCGUAUAUUCAAGAUUCAAGAUAUCAUUAUUUUCUGGAGGGUUUUUCAGAUGCACUACUAUGUGGAAAUAGCUCAGAUGCAGGCCAGUGUCCAGAAGGAUACAUGUGUGUGAAAGCUGGUAGAAAUCCCAAUUAUGGCUACACAAGCUUUGAUACCUUCAGUUGGGCUUUUUUGUCGCUGUUUCGACUGAUGACUCAGGACUUCUGGGAAAAUCUUUACCAGCUGACAUUACGUGCUGCUGGAAAAACAUACAUGAUAUUUUUUGUGCUGGUCAUUUUCUUGGGCUCUUUCUAUCUAAUAAAUUUGAUCCUGGCUGUGGUGGCCAUGGCCUAUGAAGAACAGAAUCAGGCCACCUUAGAAGAGGCGGAACAGAAAGAGGCUGAAUUUCAGCAGAUGCUCGAACAACUUAAAAAGCAACAGGAAGCAGCUCAGCAGGCAGCAGCUGUAACUGCCUCAGAGCAUUCCAGAGAGCCUAGUGCAGCAGGCAGGCUCUCAGACAGCUCGUCUGAAACCUCCAAGUUGAGUUCCAAGAGUGCCAAGGAAAGAAGGAAUCGGAGAAAGAAAAGAAAACAGAAAGAGCAGUCUGGCGGAGAAGAGAAAGAAGAUGAUGAAUUCCAUAAGUCUGAAUCUGAGGACAGCAUCAGGAGGAAAGGGUUUCGCUUCUCCAUAGAAGGGAACCGGUUGACAUACGAAAAGAGGUACUCCUCCCCACACCAGUCCUUGUUGAGCAUCCGUGGCUCCUUAUUUUCUCCAAGGCGAAAUAGCAGAACAAGCCUUUUCAGCUUCAGAGGGCGAGCGAAGGAUGUGGGAUCAGAGAACGACUUUGCUGACGAUGAGCAUAGCACCUUUGAGGAUAACGAGAGCCGCAGAGACUCCUUAUUUGUGCCCCGCCGGCACGGAGAGCGACGCAACAGUAACUUAAGUCAGACCAGUCGGUCGUCCCGAAUGCUGGCCGUGCUUCCGGCCAACGGGAAGAUGCACAGCGCCGUGGAUUGCAAUGGUGUGGUUUCCUUGGUUGGUGGACCUUCGGUUCCUACCUCGCCUGUUGGACAGCUUCUGCCAGAGGUGAUAAUAGAUAAGCCAGCUACUGAUGACAAUGGAACAACCACUGAAACUGAAAUGAGAAAGAGAAGGUCAAGUUCUUUUCAUGUUUCCAUGGACUUUCUAGAAGAUCCAUCUCAAAGGCAAAGAGCAAUGAGCAUAGCCAGCAUUUUAACAAAUACAGUAGAAGAACUUGAAGAAUCCAGGCAGAAAUGCCCACCCUGUUGGUAUAAAUUUUCCAACAUAUUCUUAAUCUGGGACUGUUCGCCAUAUUGGUUAAAAGUGAAGCAUAUUGUCAACCUGGUUGUGAUGGACCCUUUUGUUGACCUGGCCAUCACCAUCUGUAUUGUCUUAAAUACUCUUUUCAUGGCCAUGGAGCACUAUCCCAUGACAGACCAUUUCAAUAAUGUGCUUACAGUAGGAAACUUGGUUUUCACUGGGAUCUUUACAGCAGAAAUGUUUCUGAAAAUUAUUGCCAUGGAUCCUUACUAUUAUUUCCAAGAAGGCUGGAAUAUCUUUGAUGGUUUUAUUGUAACGCUUAGCCUGGUAGAACUUGGCCUGGCCAACGUGGAAGGAUUAUCAGUUCUCCGUUCAUUCCGUUUGCUCCGAGUUUUCAAGUUGGCAAAAUCUUGGCCAACAUUAAACAUGCUAAUAAAGAUCAUCGGCAAUUCAGUGGGGGCUCUGGGAAAUUUGACCUUGGUGUUAGCCAUCAUCGUCUUCAUUUUUGCCGUGGUUGGCAUGCAGCUCUUUGGUAAAAGUUACAAAGAUUGUGUCUGCAAGAUCAACAGUGAGUGUAAGCUCCCGCGCUGGCACAUGAAUGACUUCUUCCACUCCUUCCUGAUUGUGUUCCGGGUGCUGUGUGGAGAGUGGAUAGAGACCAUGUGGGACUGCAUGGAGGUCGCUGGUCAAGCCAUGUGCCUCACUGUCUUCAUGAUGGUCAUGGUCAUUGGAAACCUGGUGGUCCUGAACCUCUUUUUGGCCUUGCUUCUGAGCUCAUUUAGUGCAGACAACCUUGCGGCCACUGAUGAUGAUAAUGAAAUGAACAAUCUCCAAAUUGCUGUGGAUAGGAUGCACAAGGGAAUAGCUUAUGUGAAGAGAAAAAUAUAUGAAUUUAUUCAACAGUCCUUUGUUAGAAAACAAAAGAUUUUGGAUGAAAUUAAACCACUUGAUGAUCUAAACAACAGGAAAGACAAUUGUAUGUCCAAUCAUACAGCAGAGAUUGGGAAAGAUCUUGACUAUCUUAAAGACGUAAAUGGAACUACAAGUGGAAUAGGAACCGGCAGCAGUGUUGAAAAGUACAUUAUUGAUGAAAGUGACUACAUGUCCUUCAUAAACAAUCCCAGUCUUACUGUGACUGUACCAAUUGCUGUGGGAGAAUCUGACUUUGAAAAUUUAAACACAGAGGACUUCAGUAGUGAAUCAGAUCUGGAAGAAAGCAAAGAGAAGCUUAAUGAGAGCAGCAGUUCAUCUGAAGGUAGCACUGUGGACAUUGGAGCGCCUGCCGAGGAGCAGCCCGUGGUGGAACCCGAGGAAACCCUCGAACCCGAAGCCUGCUUCACUGAAGGCUGUGUACAAAGAUUCAAAUGUUGUCAAAUCAGUGUGGAAGAAGGGAGAGGAAAACAAUGGUGGAAUCUGAGAAGAACAUGUUUCCGAAUAGUUGAACAUAACUGGUUUGAGACCUUCAUUGUUUUCAUGAUUCUCCUUAGUAGUGGUGCACUGGCAUUUGAGGAUAUAUAUAUUGACCAGCGAAAGACAAUCAAAACAAUGUUGGAAUAUGCUGACAAGGUUUUCACUUACAUUUUCAUUCUGGAAAUGCUUCUGAAAUGGGUGGCAUAUGGCUAUCAAACAUAUUUCACCAAUGCCUGGUGUUGGCUAGACUUCUUAAUUGUUGAUGUUUCAUUGGUCAGUUUAACAGCAAAUGCCUUGGGUUACUCAGAACUUGGUGCCAUCAAAUCUCUCAGGACACUAAGAGCUCUGAGACCUCUAAGAGCCUUAUCACGAUUUGAAGGGAUGAGGGUGGUUGUGAAUGCCCUUUUAGGAGCAAUUCCAUCCAUCAUGAAUGUGCUUCUGGUUUGUCUUAUAUUCUGGCUAAUUUUCAGCAUCAUGGGCGUAAAUUUGUUUGCUGGCAAAUUCUACCACUGUGUUAACACCACAACUGGUGACAUGUUUGAAAUCAGCGAAGUGAAUAAUCAUUCUGAUUGCCUAAUACUAAUAGAAAGAAAUGAGACUGCCCGAUGGAAAAAUGUGAAAGUAAACUUUGAUAAUGUAGGAUUUGGGUAUCUCUCUUUGCUUCAAGUUGCCACAUUUAAGGGAUGGAUGGAUAUAAUGUAUGCAGCAGUUGAUUCCAGAAAUGUGGAACUCCAGCCUAAGUAUGAGGAAAGUCUAUACAUGUAUCUUUACUUUGUUAUUUUCAUCAUCUUUGGGUCCUUCUUCACCUUGAACCUGUUUAUUGGUGUCAUCAUAGAUAAUUUCAACCAGCAAAAAAAGAAGUUUGGAGGUCAAGACAUCUUUAUGACAGAAGAACAGAAGAAAUACUAUAAUGCAAUGAAAAAAUUAGGAUCAAAAAAGCCACAAAAGCCUAUACCUCGACCAGGAAACAAAUUCCAAGGAAUGGUCUUUGACUUCGUCACCAGACAAGUGUUUGACAUCAGCAUCAUGAUUCUUAUCUGUCUCAACAUGGUCACCAUGAUGGUGGAAACCGACGACCAGAGUGACUAUGUGACUAGCAUUUUGUCACGCAUCAACCUGGUGUUCAUUGUGCUGUUCACUGGGGAGUGUGUGCUGAAGCUCAUCUCCCUCCGCCAUUACUAUUUUACCAUAGGCUGGAAUAUCUUUGAUUUUGUGGUGGUCAUUCUCUCCAUAGUAGGUAUGUUUCUGGCUGAGCUGAUAGAGAAAUAUUUUGUGUCCCCUACCUUGUUCCGAGUGAUCCGUCUUGCCAGGAUUGGACGAAUCCUGCGUCUGAUCAAAGGGGCUAAGGGGAUCCGCACGCUGCUCUUUGCUUUGAUGAUGUCCCUUCCUGCGUUGUUUAACAUCGGCCUCCUGCUGUUCCUGGUCAUGUUCAUCUAUGCCAUCUUUGGAAUGUCCAACUUCGCCUAUGUUAAGAGGGAGGUUGGAAUUGAUGACAUGUUUAACUUUGAGACCUUCGGCAACAGCAUGAUCUGCCUGUUCCAGAUUACCACCUCUGCUGGCUGGGAUGGAUUGCUAGCACCUAUCCUCAACAGUAAACCACCCGAUUGUGACCCUAAUAAAGUUAACCCUGGCAGCUCAGUUAAAGGAGACUGUGGGAACCCAUCUGUUGGGAUUUUCUUCUUCGUCAGUUACAUCAUCAUAUCCUUUCUGGUCGUGGUGAACAUGUACAUCGCUGUUAUCCUGGAGAACUUCAGUGUUGCUACUGAAGAGAGCGCAGAGCCCCUGAGUGAGGACGACUUUGAGAUGUUCUAUGAGGUCUGGGAGAAGUUCGAUCCUGACGCCACCCAGUUCAUGGAAUUUGAAAAGCUAUCUCAGUUUGCGGCUGCCCUUGAACCACCGCUCAAUUUGCCACAACCGAACAAACUCCAGCUCAUUGCCAUGGAUUUGCCCAUGGUAAGUGGUGAUCGAAUCCACUGUCUUGACAUCUUAUUUGCUUUUACGAAGCGGGUUCUGGGGGAGAGUGGAGAGAUGGAUGCCCUUCGAAUACAGAUGGAAGAGAGAUUCAUGGCCUCCAACCCCUCGAAGGUCUCCUAUCAGCCAAUAACUACGACUUUAAAGAGAAAACAAGAGGAAGUCUCUGCUGUUAUUAUUCAGCGUGCGUACAGGCGCCACCUUUUAAAGCGAACUGUAAAACAGGCAUCUUUUACGUACAACAAAAAUAAAAUCAAAGCUGGGGCUAAUCUUCUUGUAAAAGAAGACAUGCUAAUUGACAGAAUAAAUGAAAACUCAAUUACAGAAAAAACCGAUCUGACCAUGUCCACAGCAGCUUGUCCACCCUCCUAUGAUCGGGUAACAAAACCAAUUGUGGAAAAACACGAGCAAGAAGGCAAAGAUGAAAAAGCCAAAGGCAAAUAA